AUGAGCGACCGAGGGAGGACCAAUUUUGCUAGAGAACGUGAACAACAUCAAGGACCGCCGAAGCCACCCUCGCCCACCUGCACCGUCCACAUGAUCAUUGGCGGCGAUGAUGAUGCUUCUAACAACAGUGUGAAAAUCACCACAACCCACAAGCUCAAACAAUCAAUCACCCACGAACGGUACGAUGAACUCGAAGAAAGUAUAAUCUUCGAUAACUCGGAUACCGACGGUUUGGUUUUCCUUCACUAUGAUGCCUUUAUUAUCCCUUUACGAAUUUUAGAUACCGAUGUGAGACGCAUUAUGGUAGACGAUGGAAGCAGCGCAUGCAUUAUCUACCCACGAGUACUUGCACCAAUGAAACUCGAGGACAACAUAGUACCAUGUUGCAUUACGCUAACAGGUUCAAACAAUGCAGCUGGACAAACAUCCGGCAAGAUAACACUCCCCGUCCUAGCCGGUGGCGUCACUCUAGAAACCACAUUCCAUAUCAUGGACCAAGACAUAACAUACAACGCCAUAAUAGGGUGA